CCGAUGAAUACGAUCACCUGAGUCCCGCCCUCCACCACCGAGCCUCCUCACUCCCUCACCUCAGCCUGAUCACUCAAUCACCCUCCAUCGCCCAUCAUGGCCUAUCUCGCCCCCAUCCACCGCCCCUCCAGCGUCCGCCACGCCCUCAAACUCUCCUUCCUCGCUCCCGACGCCGACAACCUCGUCCUCGCCAAAGCCAACCGCCUCGAAAUCUACUCCCCCAACCCCGCAGACCCCACCCAGCUCCUCCUCCAACACACCAAAACCAUCUACGGCAAAGCAACGCUGCUGCACAAACUCCGGCCCGCCAAGUCCCCCACCGACCAUCUCUUCGUCGGCACCGAUCGCUACCACUACUUCACCCUCAGCUGGGACGCGGCCACGAACCAAUUGGUGACGGAGAAGAGCUACCAUGACAUCGCCGACAAAUCCGCCCGCGACAGCCAGACCGGCGACCGCGUGCACAUCGAUCCCACCGCGCGCUUCCUCACGCUCGAAUGCCACGAGGGCGUGGUGAAUGUGCUGCCCAUUGCGCACGCAGGCAAGGGCAAGCGGAAAGCGGCAGACAACGAGAUUGGGGAGCUGGGCGAUCCGAUUCCCGUGCGGGUGCCGGAGAUGUUUGUCAAGAGUAGUUGUUUCUUGCAGAAGCGGGAUGCCGGGGCGAAGCAGGCGCCUCCUGAGCUGGCGUUGUUGUGGGAGGAUACGAAUCAGAGUCGCGUGCGGCUGAAGGUGAGGAGGUUGGAUUAUACCCCUUCGUUGCAGCCACAGAAAGAGCCCGGGAGUGUGGAGAUGCCGGAUGAGGGGAGUAGGGAAGUGAGUGGGGAAAUUGAGUUGGGCGCAACGCAUUUGAUUCCGUUGCCGGCGUCCAUGUAUGGGAUGUUGGUGGUGGGGGAGACGAGGAUAAGCUAUGUGGAAGAGUGGGAGUAUGGGGUCAAGAAUACGGUGGCCUUGGAGGAGGCGACCGUUUGGGUGGCGUGGUGUGCUGUCGAUGAUCAAAGAUAUGUGCUGGCGGAUGACUACGGGAAGUUAUAUCUACUGUUCGUGCAGCAGAAUGGCGAGGGAGAAUACGCCGGGCAUCAGAUUGACGUGCUUGGCGAGACAUCAAGAGCAUCAACUCUGGUCUAUCUGGACGGCGGAAGGAUAUUCGUGGGAAGCCAUCAAGGCGACAGCCAGAUUAUCCAGAUUUCAGAAAAGAGCUUGGAGGUCGUGCAGACAUUUGCCAACAUUGCCCCGAUUCUGGACUUUACGGUAAUGGACAUGGGGAACCGAUCUUCCGACGCACCGGUGAAUGAAUUCUCGAGUGGACAGGCGAGGAUCGUAACGGGAUCGGGAGCUUUCAAAGAUGGGAGUCUGCGAUCUGUCAGGUCGGGAGUCGGGCUGGAAGACCUGGGUUCGAUUGGAGAGAUGGGAGCGCUUGUGUCCGGCAUCUUCAGUCUCCGAAGUCAUGCCUCUGCCGAGCUGGAUGAUACGCUUGUCGUCAGUUUUGUCGGGCAUUCCAGAGUCUUCACUUUCUCGGCCGAUGGCGAGGUUGAGGAAGUGGAGGCAUUCCGAGCAUUCACCCUCGAUGAGAGCACAUUAUACGCGAGCAGUCUACCAGACGGUAGAGUGGUGCAGGUGACUGGAUCUGGAGUUUUCUUGUCCGAUGUGGACAGCGGCAUGGUCACCGAGAGCUGGAGUCCAGGAAUCACCAUCACAGCCGUAUCUGGAGAAGGCGUCACGGUUCUCGUGUCCCUCGGAGGCGCGGCACUGGCAGCUCUGGACCUUUCUGCGUCUUCAAUCCGAGUACAAGCACAGCGGGAGUUUGACGCCUCGGAGCAAGUGUCCUGCAUCGCGCUCUCCCAUUCAACCCCGGGUGCUUGCGUUGUUGGCUUUUGGAAGGACAGCAAAGUCUCCUUCCUUGACUUGCAAACGCUGCAGCCAAUUGCAACAGAGACAGUGGCCGAUGAUGACAGCCUCGCUGUUCCUCGCUCUCUUAUCGUGGCCAACCUCCUCCCAGGCCAGCCCGCCACUCUCUUCGUCGGCUUAGCGGAUGGAAACGUCGUCACUUACUCCAUCGAGUCAUUACAAAGACCUUUCACCGCCCGCAAGAGUAUUAUCUUGGGAACACAACAAGCCAAUUUUGCUUUGCUACCAAGGGCAGACGGACUGCAAAACGUCUUUGCUACUUGCGAACAUCCUUCUCUCAUAUACGGCUCAGAUGGACGGAUCGUGUACAGUGCCGUCACAGCAGAAGACGCCUCAUGCAUCUGCUCAUUCGACAGCGCCGUCUACCCCAACGCCAUCGCUCUCGCCGCCGAAGGCGAGUUGAAACUAGCAAUGGUGGACGAAGGCCGGACAACGCACGUACAGACUCUGCCGGUGAACGAGACGGUGCGAAGGAUAGCAUACAGCGCCGAGUUGAAGGCUUUCGGCCUCGGCACCAUCAAGCGGACGCUGAAGGCGGGCGAAGAGCAGAUUGUCUCUCAUUUCAAGCUCGUGGAUGAGGUGGCGUUUCAGGAACUGCAUUCCUUCCAGCUGAAUGAAGAUGAGCUGAUUGAAUGCUGUAUGCGGUGUCCAUUGGACGAUGGCUCGGGUGGACUGGCAGAGAGGUUUGUCGUUGGUACUGCGUUUCUAGACGACGCGGAUUCGAGUUCGACGCGGGGACGGUUGCUGGUGUUUGAGGUGACGCCGAGUCGGCAGUUGAAGUUGAUUACGGAGCAUGCGCUCAAGGGCGCGUGUAGGUGUCUGGGUGUGGUGCAGGGGAAGAUUGUCGCUGCUUUGAUCAAGACGGUCGUCGUCUACUCCUUCGAAUACGAAACGCCCAGCACGCCCUUCCUCGUCAAACGCGCCGCCUAUCGCACCGCCACCGCGCCCAUCGACAUCUCCAUAACCGACAAAACCAUCGCCGUCACCGACCUAAUGAAAUCCCUCUCGCUAGUCGAAUACCGCCCAGGCCGCUCCGGCAUGCCCGACACCCUGGUAGAAGUCGCCCGCCACUUCGAAACCCUCUGGGGCACAGCGGUGGCGCACGUGGCGGAAAACACGUACCUCGAGUCCGAUGCGGAGGGCAACCUGCUCGUCCUGCAGCACGACAUCAACGGCUUCAACGACGAGGAUCGAAGACGGCUGCGCGUCACGUCGGAAAUGCUGCUAGGGGAGAUGGUGAAUCGCAUCCGCCGCAUCGACGUCGUGCCCACGCCCGGCGCGACCGUCAUCCCGCGCGCCUUCAUCGCCACCGUCGAAGGCAGCAUUUACCUUUUCGGCCUCAUUGCGCCGGGAAAGCAGGACCUGCUGAUUCGCUUGCAGGGCAAGAUGGCGGAGCUAGUGAAGAGUCCGGGGCAUGUGUCGUUUGCGCGGUUCCGGGGGUUCAGGAAUCAGGUGCGCGAUGCGGGGGAGGAGGGGCCGAGUCGGUUUGUGGAUGGUGAGUUGAUUGAGGGGUUUUUGGAGCUGGAUGAGAGUGUGCAGGAGAGUGUUGUUGCGGGGUUGCCUGGGGGGUUGGAUUUGGAGGGGGUCAGGGGGAUGGUGGAGGGGUUGAGGAGGAUGCAUUAGAUUGUUGUGUUGGAUUGAUGAUAGAUGAGUGGGUAGAGAGGGGGUGCAUUGGGAGGUAG